CCUGAAGGAGCCGCGGGACGCCGAAACCAGCCAAUGGAAAGCGGCGAGACGCGAAGAUUGGCACCGGGGAUGGGAAGGUCGGAGAGAAGGAGAGCGGCGGGGCCGGGCUGUCAGUCAAAGAAUAUUGAUCUCAGCGUUACUUUGACCAUUAAUGAAUUAUGAUGGCAAUAAGCAGAGACACACACCUCCAGCCUCCUGGGAGCUUAAUCUUCUGCUACAACGUUAGCAUUUAGCCAUGGUCUGUUUUAUAAGAAUUCUAUUAGCCUGCUAGAACCAUGUGGAGAGAUUGUCCAUCAAAGGAGCCACCUAAGAGGGAGUGUCUGAGGGACAAGCCUGGCCAUCCCAGUGUCCCAGCCAAUCCCAGGCCCCUGCUGACCUACCAGCCAGAUCAAUCCAUGUGUAUAGCCAUUCGUAAGAUCAAGAGAAGAGUCACCCAGCCAAGCCCAGCCCAGAUUACAGACUUCCACACUGACCCAUGUCUGAGCUUUGGCUCAACGUCCUUGGAUAUUGACCCCAACCUCACUGUCGUAUGUGGGCUAGGGUUGCUCCUUCUGUUCCUGUGGUACCUGGUGGGGUUUCCAUGUUUACCGACCUCCUGUAAAACCAAAGACAUCCGAAAGCGUCAAGGCAGAGCCAAGAGGAGAAGGAAGGGUGGAACAUCGAAAGGUUGGAGAUGUCGCCAGACAGAAACAGAGGAGAAAAUGAAGCUGAUUUCCAUUCUGAAAAGCCCCCUGGGCCGGCAUGAUGAUACCACCCGCUUUCGUCAGCUGUUGUGUCCAGACCCUUCCUGUGAGGUGUGUAAUAAUGCAUCUGCUGAGGUCAGUUGGCUGCUGUUCCCAGAGGCCUUGGAAGAUGCUACUUCCUCUGUGUCCCCUUUGGCUUCUACAGCUCCUGUGACUGACUCAUCGUUUACUCUGUCCCCUGACGCCUCAGCAGUCCCUCCGGGAGACCUAAUACCAGCCUCUCUGUCUGAGCCUUCCCCACUGCCCCCCUCCAUUCUCUCACCGAGGCCGAUGACUCCCUUAGUUGACUUUUUUUUACCCUCACCACUGGGUCACUCUCUGUCACCAGAGCCUUUUGCUCCCUUGGAUUCUGAAUUCCCGGUAGACUGUUCCCCACCCCAAGCCCUUGCCUUCCCCCCUCUCCUACCACAUGACACUCAGACAGCAGAUCCUGUUGUCCCACCAGAGGCCACUCUGUCUCUGAAUACCAUCUUCUCUCUUGACCCCACCUUUGCCCAAGAUAUUAAUAACUUAUCAGAUUUGUCCCAGGCAAUGAAUCCCAUUGAUUCAUUUGCUUGUCAUCAUGCACCACCAACCCUGUGUGUUUCACCACAGCAAGACUGCACUUUAACUGUCACUCAGUCUAAAUCAAUUGCCAUCUUACUGAAGCCUCUUCCCGAGAGCACACCUCCUGAUAGCCCUGGUGCAUUGUCCACUUAUGUCCCAACACUCAGAGGCAUUGAUCAUUCAGGCCUGUCAGUUUCAGACUUCUCCUGGUGGAAAGCUCAUGCCAAAGACUUGUUUCCUCCCACAUUGACACAGUGUGAUUUCAAUCAAGAGUUUCUUGCCCUCCAUUCUGCAGAGACCUCUUUUGGGGGAGACCCUGCAGCCAUCUUUGUAGAGCCUGGGAACCUCUCAUUUCUUAGCCCUGAUGUCCUGGCACUCCUGGAGAGACAGGUCCAAAAGAGGAGUGAUUUCCUGAUGUGGAAGGAAAAAGAAAAGAAAAAAGAUUAUUUUCCAAAACAAUUUGGUCCAGACUACCAACUAAAUUCUUCAGAGAAAAUGAUGGAGUCAAAUGCUGAUAAGCGCGACCCGGCUGCCUCCCUUCCUUUUUGGAGCAGCAAAGACAAACCAAAGGAGCUGCAUAUGCAUCAGCAGCCCCCAUAUCCUAAGUCCUUGGAGGACCAUUUACAGCAAAAAUGUAUCCAGCUCUUCUGGGGUCUCCCAUCUCUGCACAGCGAGUCCUUGCCCUCUGCUUUUCAUGUCUCAGGUGAUGGUUCCUCAGUCUUUAUUUUCAAUAGAAACUCUAAUUUCUCUGCAGACCAAGAAUCCCCAGUGCAUCCCCAUCCCCUACCUUUGUCCUUACCUGAGAUUCAGCCUGAACCCUUGCCUCAAACUCUGCCUCCAUCCCAGCCUCUACCUCUCACUGAAGUCCAGCCCCAGGUCCACCCUCAAUCCCCACUCCCAGUCAUACCAUCUAGUCCUCUAUCCCAGAUUAGGAUCUGUGGAGUGUGUUUCCAUAAGCCUCAGAAUGAACCAGAGUGUCUUACCUCAUCUGAAAUUCAACAGCUGGAAUGGAACAUGUUGCAGAAACAACAGGAAAAUUUGUGGGGUGUACCCUCUGUGGUCCAAAGAUCUAAGGAAGACUCUUGUCUACCAGCUCCCAGUAUUUCUUACCACCAGGUCCCCCGGGGCCCCGGGGCCCCCCGGGCUCAUGCUUCAAUCUCCAUCCCUCCUGGGGAGUUUCCUCUCAGUGAUGAAAUUCGAAAGAAACUAGAGCAUCACCUUCGAAAAAGGCUCAUCCAACACCGGUGGGGCCUGCCCCGCAGAAUCACUGAGUCUGUGUCACUGUUAAUGCCUCCGAGAGAGUUUUUGGAGAUCUCUGAGGCAGAAAGCAAUUACGGAGUCUCACUGAUCUCUGUGCUUAAGGGUCAGAGUAGCAAAAAUCUGAGUGUUGGACUGAGCCAACCUGGAAGCAUCCAUGAGAGGGACUCAGAAAUGCUCCAGCAAGAGGCAGAUGUGGGGAAGGAUCAGGGGCAGAGCCUAGAGCACCACCCGAAAGAUCACCUGUUGAAUGACACAAAAAGCUCUUCAGAUAAGGAUCUGGAGUAUGACUCUGAGAAAGACCUAAACAGUCAGAUGCCAAGUCUCUCAGAGGAAAAUUUAAGGGUGUCAGCAGGGAGCCUAGGUCAGAGACAACUUGAAAAUGCCCUCAAAGUACAUUUGAGCAAGAAGUUUGAGGAAAUCAAUGAGGGUAAGCUCCCUGGGACUGUGAAUAGCUCAUGGCAUGCUAUCAAACAGACAUUACUUAUUCUUGAGAAAUCCCACACUCAAAUAGAAGAGAGAAAUCUGCCAUCAUCCAUGGGCGAGAGCUACUCCCUGAAUACCUGCCACGAACUGACCUUUGUUGAUUCCAGGGCACAACAGAUGCUGGAGGCCCAUAUUAAAAAGUUUCAUAUGAGGAUGUUGUGGGGCCUUCCCCGCAAGGUCCUUGAAUCCAUAGAGAUCUUUAAAUUGAAAGAUGCCUCUUCCCAGUCCUUGUCCCAUUCCAACUUUUCCUCCUCAACCAAUGAGCUUUCUGAGGCAGACUCCAAAUCUGGGAGCAUCAGGUUCCAAAGAGGAAGCUCUAAAUCUCUUCACGGAGACAAGGUGGGAACAACAGCUUCAGCCCCUGCCACCAGGCCUGUGGGCAAAGGAGGACAGAGGAUCCUGAGACGAUCACACCCUAAUACGAACCGUGGGCUUGCAGAGGAUGUUCAGAGAAGUAAGGAUGCCAGACAGACUCGGCCGACUAGCAAACUCUGCAUUUCAGGGAAAGCAAAUCAGAGACAGAUGCACCCGGCCAACAGAUACCCCUCAAAGCUGCUUACAAAGCAAGCUGGGGCCCGACAGGAGCCAAAGUCUAAGAGUGUGAGUUCUAGAGAUAAAGGAGAAAUGAAGCAAGGCCAAAAGGUGGAGAAGUUAGAACCUGUUUCCAUGCCCAAUGUGUCAAGGGAGAUAUUCAGGGCUGAGGAGCUCAAUGCUGUUCAAUUAAAAGCCAGUGAGAAUUUGACAACCAGCAAGCCAGGGAGCUCCCAAGCCAUAAAUGUGAAUGAGAAUAAAGUUGAAACUACUGUGACCACUGAAAGGCCCCCAAGAAAACUACCAGUUCCCCAAGAUCCUAAAUCCUUAGACCUUAAGGAACAACUGCUUGAUGAGUUAAAAUGUAAACUAGAGAACAGGGGGCAUAGCCAGGCUCAAGGCCGUCCCCUUGAUGCGUCCCUUGCUCCAGAUAACUUGACUUACAAGGCCUCACUGACUCAUGCCCAGGGUGUCUCAGGUGGGGAUAUGGGAGCUUCCCAGGUGCUGCAUGCCCAUUUGGAGGAUAGAGGAAUCAGGAUGGAGCAGCAGCAGAAGACUUGGGUCCCUAAAAAUGGCUUCAGGAGGUGCCAGGAUAAUAAUUUCCCAUGCACUGCAAAGAGAGUGAGCUCUCCGGGACCCAAAGCAGAGGAGCUUGGUGGAGGGGAUGCAGGGCUGGGGACAUCCCAACUUAGGAGGAAAAGUCUCCCUACUCAGAAGAUGGUAUUAGAGGAGACGCUUGGGAGCAAGUCUUGCCAGACCCUGUCACAGAAGGGGCAGCCUCCUCCUGAAAGUCUUACCAGAAAAAGAAUGAAACACUUUUUUCAAUGGCUUUAUCCGGGGGGAAAAUGCAAAAGGCAAGAAGGCCCCCAGGAGAAGGGCAGCCCUGUAUCAGCUGCACAGAUCAGAGGCCUAGUCAAGAGCAGAGCUACUGUUACUGGGACAACUGAAGCUCAGAAAAUUAUGACAGACAUUGGGAAGUUUCUAGAGGAGAAACUGGUAUGUCAGCACCCAGUAGAUGUCCCCUGCUCUCAGGAGUCCCUUCCUUCCCCAGAGAAGUCUGGGAAAACUCAGCAGAAGGCAGAAGUGCAGGUCCAGACAGGACCUGGCCAGGGGCAUCCUCUCAACUACCGGGUUCCAGUCUCUAAAGUGACAAAUAACAAGUCCUGCCACCAAGAAGCUAUCUUUCCUGGCCAGAGUUAUCCUCCAAGUACCAGGAAGAUCAGAGACAAGAACAUAAACCCCCAUAGAGUUGUGGCUUGUAAGGGCCAACAGUUGUGUCAGAAACAUCCCCCACCAGUGCCCUGCAGGGAGCAUGUGCCCCAUCCAAGCCCCACCUGCAGGCAUCAAGCUGUCCAGGCCCCGCUGGCCACACUCUCCACUGCUAAAGGCACUGUGUUCAGAGAUCUGUCUCUACUGUUUAGACAGAAAUCACUUCUCCAGAGUUUCCAGGGAGGAAAAGGUCCCAUCCAAAAAUAAUUCCUUCUAUGUGCAGAAUAUUGAUUCUUCCCAAUAAAUAUUUCUCUAAUAUAUUUUUUUCUGUGUACUAUAUUGGGGCAUGGGUUUUGGCUAACUCAGGGCUUGUGUGUGAAGGAAAGGAAGAAGACAGCUCUUGCUGAUUGCUUCCUUUGGCUUCGGCUAAAAGGUGACCUAUCCCCUCUGGAGCUCUUAUUGAGAAAUAGAUAAUAUGUGCCCCUUCCCCCUCAAAAUCCAUUUCCUCCAUGAUGAAGCUGGGGGGAAGGGGCUUUGCCUUCUGCCUCUUAGCUUAACCUUAAUGAAAGUGUAUAGCAGCCCACACAUCCCCCCUCAGUGAAUGUUUUAUAUCCUUUAGAGAAACAGGGAAGACAGGUCUUCUAUAUCUAAAGAGGGUUAAGGACAUGUAUACUUUCUGAAAAUGAUGCUGAAGAAGAAACAAGAGAUUAAUUUUUAUUCAGAAUUUACCCACCAGAGGCUUUUCCAGAUGGCUAAACCAUGAAUGACACUGUUUGGGCAGGGGUAUUGCUGUCCUAGAUCCUGGGCUGGUUGAGGUAGAGUCCACAGAUAGCAUAGAAGCUGCUUAAGAAUCUGUCAUGUGGGUGAUGUUAAUGUGUCAGGGAAGUGCACUUUGAACUUGACAUUGAGGUUUCCCUACUGGAAAGGCACCUUGGGGAAGUGGUUGCCCUUCUUGGGUGUUUCUUUAGGCUGCAUGAUUGACCUUCUUUUCUUUUUGCAGAGCAAAAGUACCACUCAGCUGUCAGUGGUAGGAAUGUUGACAAGCACCCACCUACCUCUCAGAGUAAAAUACGGCUAAAAUACACAGUAAGGAAAAGUUGCCUCAAAGUGAGUGGAAAAGUAAGAAAAAGUGAAGGGGAAAGAAUGUCCUUGCUGGUGGAACCAUCAUGUCCAUAUUGUGACCCUGUCCUGCUCCCUCAUUCAUCAGUCUGAUCCAAGCACCACAUCCUUGAGGCUGAUCAGAGCAUUGAUACCAAAAAGGCAUGGGGCGGGGGUGUCUUUGAGUAAUGAAACAAUAUCUUCAUGGAUGUCAUCAAGCUUGGCAUCCCCCUCUUUGGGAUAAGUGAUCUUAGUGCUUUCCUUCCAUCUAUGCUUGAUGACAACAUACAAGAGCUUGCCCUUGGUGUGUACAGUUCACCUGUCAGGACAGAGUUGCCACCUUUGAUAUUAACAGCCUUGUCAGAACCAUGGUAGACCUUCCCCAGAAUACCUGCUGCUCAGGAACUUGAAAGUCCUAGGCUAUGCACUCAGUUACAUAGGGGCUCACCAUGGACAACCUUUUUUUGGCCAAGACUGCACACAGACAUCUAUGCUUACGAUGAGGUCUAGAGGGAAGGCAACUCCACUUGUACAGACUGGGAGUCAAAAAUAGUGUGCAUUAUCUUAGCACUUGAGUUUUUUCCGGAAAGACUUGUGGAUGCUAGAUGUUAAACGAACAAACAAACAAACAAAAAAAAACUGAAAUAGAUGUCUACUAUGGCCUUCUCACUAUUUUAUCUUCUUUUUUCCCCUUUUUCUUUUUUCUUUCUUUCUUUCUUUUUUUUUUUUUUGUCUUUUUAGGCCCACACCCAUGGCAUAUGGAAGUUCCCAGGCAAGGGGUCCAAUUGGAGUUCCAGCUGCCAGCCUACACCACAGCCACAGAAUGCCAGAUCCGAGCCACAUCUGCGACCUACACCACAGCUCAUGGCGACACCAGAUCCUCAACCCACUGAGCGAGGCCAGGAAUCGAACCUGCAUCCUUAUGGAUCCUAGAUAGAUUCGUUUCUGCUGAGCCACAAUGGGAACUCCUACUUUUAUCUUCCUAUCCAGAGUUAAUGACAUUGAACCUACAAUAUCUGAAGCUUAUGAUUGCAGAAAGAAGGCAGAUUCUGUGGAGGCCUGGGAGGGACAAAAGAUGGGUUGGGGCCCAGGGUGGGGAACAUGAGGAAAUGAGGAAGCAGUGGAGAACUGUAACUCCAUGUAGAUAGACCUGCCAGUGACCCAGCCUCCCAGUUCCUACAUCAUCUCAUCCUAGGGUCUUUUACUUCCAUUCCAAUGCAGUCACUGCCACCUGGUAGAGCUUAUUACUAAGAACACUUCUGCCACCUGGAAUAACAGUCUGACAUUCCACCCUUUGGCCUCAUGCCCCCUGUCCUUCCAGCUUAUAUACCACUCAUUAAUUUUUCAACUUCAGGUCAUUUUUCCAUUUAUUCUUUACCUAUCCACUGAGCUCUUGUUUUCCUUUUCUCCCUCUCUAGGGUAGACUGGAUGGUCUAUCUGGUUAUUAACAUUUAAAAAGCCCCACUACAAAUGGGCCUCAUCCAGUCUCCUUUAAACUUUCCUGUGUGACAAAAAUUCCUUAUCUCUCUUUUUUUCAGAAAUUCCUUCCUAUAAGUAGCUGAUCACUACUGGAUUAAAUCUCACAAUCAAGUAUAUUGGUGACAUGAUAAACUCAGCCCCAGCAUUACCUGGAAAUAAUUCAUCCAUUCCACAAAUACUUAUUCCAUGCUUACUAACAUGUGAACAAAACCAAUGGAACUUAGAUGGCUGUUUCCUUUGAACAUUUUCUCUCUAGUGGUACUCAAAUCUAUUUAAAAUAUACUCCACUUUUCUCAAAUUUAGGCCAUCUCCUCUUGCUUAGCAGAUACACCAAACCACCAAACACAGAGGAGCUAGAAGCUAUGAAAUGGGAACUUUCAUCAAAAAACCUUCCAAAAAACCACUUUCCCAUUCCUCCUUUCCUUCUUCCUGUUGUAUGGAAAGAAGUUUCCUUCCCAACCUCAAAGGAAUUAUACAUCCUGAAAUUUCCUUGUUAAGAGAUAAUUAAACUCUAGUCUUGAUGGAAUGAGCCGAUGUGGGCAGAUAUUCUUUGGUUGCUUCCAUGUCCUUAUGAGUCAUUCAACGUCUUUUAUUUUUUUAAAGCUUAUUAUUAUUUUUUUUAAUGGAAAUGUUUAGACAUGCACAAAAGCAGUAGAACAACGUAAGCUCUCAUGUACCCCUCACCGGAUUUUCACAAUUAUCAUUUAUCAUGUGAUACAUCCCUUAUUUUAUAUUAUGAUUUAAGUGUAAAAGCCCAUUUAAACAUCUUACCAUCCAUUUCUUGGACAUAUGCUCUGUACCCAUGUCAAAGCUCUCAUAUAUAUAUAUUUUUUUUGUCCAUUUCUAGGGCCACUUUCCAUGGCA